GACAAAAUCUGACGUGUAAAUAAUAAAUAAAAAGGGAAAUACCUGGAGUGAUUUUUGGGACUCUUUUGUAUUAGAAUUUAAAUUCGUCGAAGUUGAUUGACACACACAAAUAUGGCAUCUAAACUGGAAAUAAAUAUUCGCACGUUAAUAAGUCAUUGCGAGGAUGUAGCAAAAGAAGACAUAAAAAACUGGAGUCUUCGAAAGUAUAUCAAAUCACUGGAUACGAUGAUCAAGGAAUUAGCUGCAUCCGAAGAUAAACCAAAUCGAAACGUCUUGGAUGAAUAUUACAAUCGAUGCGAUAAGCUAAAGACUGCCACAAAUUACGUUGAACAGGCGACCGAUUCACGCAAAUUAAAGGCUAAAUCCAGAGACGUUGCCGGUGGAGACGGUGUGCUGAAGGAAAUCAAUCAAAUACAAAACGAACAUUAUCACAGCCAAAUGAGAAAGGAACUGCUGGACACACAAAAUGAUUUACAAGCAGGAUUGAGGAAGCGCGGCGGAGUUUCGACUAACAACAGUGAUAAUAUGGGACAGGCUAUGAAGUAUUACGGUGAUAUGCAAGAGAAAAUCGCCGAAGAUAUGUUGUCGUUGACUAGAAAUCUGAAGGAACAAACGGAAAUUGCCAACAAGAUUAUUAAGAAGGAUACGGAGGUUGUGACCAGAUCAACACAUCUAUCCGAGAAAAAUCUAGCAUCAUUGGCAACGGAGGCCGACAAACUUCAAGAGCAUUCCAAACGGGCGUGGAAAUGUUGGAUGUGGAUCAUGAUUGGCAUGGUUAUGAUGAUAUUUAUUUUUAUGGUUCUAUUUAUGAAAAUUACGAAGAAGAAGCUGUAACACAUUCGCCAAAGCAGCAGCUACUGUGUGUGGUUAACGUGAAUAAAAUAUUUCGCUUGUUUUGUGGGCCCAUUGUUCAA